CACUAGAAUUUCAGUCAUUGUCAUUAACAUUGUUGUAUUCAGUCUAUCCAAAGCCAAGUAUGGCAGAAGGUGCUCAUGGAAAUUUUUAAAGAAUUUUGAAUUAUUCUGAAAAAUUUUGAGCAUAUAUAUACAAUAUACUGUAUAAGAGUCUAUAGAAAACAACCAAAAAGCAUAGUUAAUAGGUACUGGAUAGUCCGGAAUGGAGGAUACUGCAUACAACAGGAAACAAUUUUUAAAAGUGAUAUUGUGACCUAAUGGGGAUCCUCUACUGGAGCCCCCAAGAUAUGAGGUUUAUAGUUGUAUGAUUUGAUUUAACCUUAAAAUAGAGGCAGAAGAUAAUUAGGAGACAAUAAAAAAUCAUAAGUUGAAAAACAAAAAAAAAACAAAAAUCUACAAACCCCUCAAUAGAAAAUUUUUAAAGAACCUCAAAAAAGUACUGUUGGAGAAACCACGCAAAUUAAAAAUCUUAUUUCUUAAAUUCUGUAUAAUUUUAAAAGAGUUCAGAAUUGAAAAUAUAACAUUACAAAAUGUUGUGAAUAAAACUAGGUCUGUUAGUGUCAAUCAAUUUAUCACUUUAAAUAAUCCACAAGAGUUACUUCCCCUUAUCAAGGAUUUAUCAACAACAUGUGUUUACUGAACUGUACAUAAGAUCAAAUGUUAGUUAAACUUUGACAACUCUUGUAGUGUAUGUGGGAGACAUUUGUCUUACUCUGGAUAACAUUUUCAUCUAAUUAACAACAUUAUAUUUCCCUGUUUUGACAAGAAACAAGUGCCUCAAUGAAAGACGAAGACGAGACAAAGAGAAUACAUAUUUUGAAGAGCUUGCCGAGUUAAUCUCAGCAAGUAUCACGGACAUGAGCUCCUUCUCGGUGAAGCCGGAAAAGUGUGCAAUACUACAGGAGAGCCUCAACCAAAUAAAACAGAUCAAAGAGGAGACUGGGAGCUCAGAAGCCGUUCAACAAAGUCAAGUCUCAUCAAGCAAACCUUCAGUAUUGGCUAACGAUGUUCUGGGACCACUUCUGUUAGAGGCUUUGGAUGGAUUUUUGUUUGUUGUAAAUGGUCAAGGCAAAGUUGAAUUUGUAUCAGAAAAUGUUGAUCAAUACCUUAAAUACACCCAGGAUGACCUUGUUGGCAAGAGUAUAUAUAAUAUUAUCCAUGUCGGAGACCAUGCACAAUUCAGUGGCAGCCUUCUGCCUAUGUCAUUUGGAAGUGUAAUUUCUUGGCCAAACGACACUGUUGCUAAAGGAAGAACUUUUAAUUGUCGUAUGCUUGUAAAACCACCAUGUGAAGAAAUUGAUGAUGUCGAAGUUAAACAAACAUAUGUAUCCCAAUAUGAGAACAUGCAAAUAUCUGCCUUACAACAGCCUGGUGAAAAAUUCUCUGAAACUAGUGAAGGUUCAGUUGGACAAUCUUGUCUAGUGUGUAUUGCUAGACGACUUUCUAUAACAGAGAAGACUAAUACCAUGCUGGGCAUUGAACAGUUUACUACGAAACAAGAUACUAAUGGAAAAAUACUCGCAUUUGAUACAAGUGGAAUAGCACCAGGAUCUCAAAGUUGUCCAGAUUUUAACGGACAAAACAUUCAAGAAUUUUGUCAUGUUAAUGAUGUUCAAAAUUUAGCCAAACAUUUCCAAGAAGUGUUGAAGACUGGAUCUAAUACAAGCAGUGUGUACAGGUUCAAAUUUCAGGACAAUAGAUAUUUCUUUGUACAGACAAAGAGUAAGAUUUUCCGCAGUGACAAUUGUGAACAAGAUUUUAUUUUGUCCACCCAUUCCAUUAUUCGUGAGUGUGACUCAGAGAAUGAACUCAAAGGCUCAGCUUCGACAAGUCUUAUGAAAUCUAUUAUAGGACAAUCGCAAGUUGCAGGAACUCGUAGCAACCAAAACUUGUCUGGAAUAUCGUCACAAAUGGCGGCAUUAGAAACACUGGCAUACUCACAGAGUUCAAUGAACCCUAACAUGGGAUUAAAUAAUGACUUACAUUCAAUGGAUGUGUUGAAUUCAAACAGUAACCAUGGAAACUGGGAUUUAUUACCUUCAGAUUUUGAGGCUGUAAUAGGAAGUUCGAAUAUGAAUUUCAAUAAUUCAAACUCAUCCAGUAAUAGUGUUAACUCUUGGAGUGAUAUGUCUCAAAUGAAAUUGGCUCAACAACAACAACAACAUCAACAACAGCAACAACAGUUGUUGACAAGAACGAUGCUUGCGAUGAGUAAAAGCAUUCGACCGGAAAUGUUGAAAUUUCAACGAGGAGGGUCAUUUGACUCAAGUAGUAAUAGUGGUCAGAAAAGUCCACGAUUUUCACCUAGUCCAGGACCAAGAAGUGCCCCAUUUCAGGUUCCAAGUCAGAGGGGUAUGAUGGGAUAUCCGAAUCAACGUAGCCCUGGAAGUAGUGUAGGUGGCAUGAUGUCUAAUAGGAUGUCUCCAGGUAUGGGAUAUCCUCCACAACGGACACCACCUAUGUCAAGUCCAGUGAGUAUGACACAGGCUGGAUGGAACAGACUACAACAAAAUAUACACCAACAACGGGAAUUUCAAACACCAAACAGCUUGCCACCACUGAUGUCACCAGGGCAACAAGGAGGCAUGAUGGGUAGGACUAGUGCUAAUCCGUCACCUUCACCUCGGAGUAGUUCCGAAUUUCUGUUUUCAAAUUCUACUCAGUCCAAUGUCGAUAAAAGGACUAUACGAGGCGGUGGAAAAUUAAGUGAACUUUUAAGUCACAGCUCAUCUAGUGGUUCUCUGAUGGUUCGGACUAAUUCUAGAGAUAGUUUAUAUGAUACCGACAGGACAGACAAUAAUAGUGUGUUAUCUCCCCUUGAUAGUCACCAGUCCCCACAACCGGGACCAGGAUCACUAAGCCCAACGGAAAAACCACAGAGUACAACAUCACACGAUGAUAUUGAUAUGUUGCGGAAGGGGGACGGAAAAAAGACGCAAAAAAAUAUCAUAUUAAAACAAUUGCUCAGUCAAGAUGAGUCUUAUGAAGAUGACAAGGACGAUAAAUCAAUAGGUGACACUGAUAUGAAUGAGGCAGAGGCCAAAAAACCAAAUGCCUUGUUAAAGCAGUUAUUAAGUGACCCUGGAGAAGACAAAGAUAAAAAAGAAAAAGUUAAAGACAAAGGCCUCCAAAAUGGAGAAUUACUUCAGUUUCUGUUAGCAGACGACAAUAACUGUACUACCUCUGCACCUGCUGAAAGUACUAGUCAAGAUCAUGAUCUCUCAACACGACAACGCCACCAAUCUGCUCCUGAAGAACCACAGUCCACUACAUCAACGCCAUCUACCUCAAAGUCAAGUACACCUGUAUUGCCUCAUCUUCCACAGCGACAACGUCACGCUUCAGUAGAACAGUCAACAUUUAACCGGCCAUCGUCUGUUGGCUUAGAAACAGUCAAAAGACCAACCGAUACCUCGAAUUUUAUUGUUGAUAAAAAUUUGGACAAUUUCUUGAAUUCACUAUGGGAGAAGGGAAACGAGACAAAUCAAAUACAACCUCAGAAGAAACGAAAAUUAUCAUCUUCAGAAGUGGAUAGUACAGGAGAUCAAGAUCAGUCUAAUCUUCCAAACAAGGAAGGCACAAAACUAAUGAAAGAAAAUGCUUUGUUAGCAAAAUUGUUGUCAACAAAAGCUAAUAAAGAAAAAAUUGUUAAUACAGGCAUAUCUGGGAACUCUAACCCAUCAGCAACACCACAGAGCAGACUGACAAAAGAUGUAUCACAGAAACUUCUGAGUGUUAAACCAAGUUUACCAUUACUUUCUAAAACACUAUCCGAUUCUAAAGUAGACUCAGGAUCAUCCAAUACCAGUACAGAUUCGUUCUCCGUUGGAAGUAAAGAAAUGGGACAACUAAAAAACCUUAAUCAAACAUCAAGUCAGAACAAAAUGAAUGACAUGUUAAACAGUUAUAAUUCCUCGUCCAAUAAUAUCGGACAAGACGAUAACAGUCAAGACACGUAUGAUAGUUUACAACGAAUGUUGUUCGAUAGUCAGUCUGACAAUGUUAUGGAAUUCUCCGAAGUUUCAGAAUCUUCUGAUCCCCUGCUUAAUGAAAUUUUACAACAAGCUGAAGAUCUCAAGCAAGACUUAACUACGCCUAAAACACCAUCAUCAAGUAGAGGGCCUACCCCUGCAGUCAAUAAUGGACCGUUACAUGAAAAUGCUCCGCCAGUGUUAAGUGAUUUGGACUUGCUAUCCCAGUUUGAGCAGGUCCUAAAAGAGAAAAAUGCCUCACUUGACGAAAUUGAUCAGCUUUUAGGAAUAAGUAAUCAAGCAAUGGGUCAAGCAAUGGGUCUUAAAUCUGGUGGCCCCAAUGAUAUGAUGGCAAUAGAGGAAAUUCAGAAGGAGCUAAUGCGUGAUGAGCCUAUACACACCAACUCGGGCAUGCCCAAUCCUAUGAUUGCACGAGCAUUGCAGGCACAGAGCAACAUGAAUAGACAGAGCUUCAUGCAGAGCAUGACUGCUAUGAAUCAGGUUCCUGGGAAUGGAAAUAUGGAUAUGGGAUUCCAACAGAUCUCUCCUCCUAAUCCUCAACAGGGAUUUCAACAACAACAACAACAAAACUUUGGCCUUCCGGGGCCACGCCUUCCUGGGCCUCCAGGGCCUUUAGCAAGUGCCUUGAGUAAUGGUAUGCAGCAGCGACCCAAUUUUCCAAACAGUAUGGCCAUGCAGGUACGGCAGUCCUUGCUCCAGCAGCAGAAAUUGAAAGCCCAGCGGGAAAUGGAGAAGAGACGUCAAGCAGCAGAACAAGCCAGAAGACGAGCACUGAUGCAGGCUCAAUUGUCCAAUAAUUUUGGCUCGAGGUUUCAACCUAAUAUGGAUGGAAAUUCAAUGUCAGUACAGCCGUUCCCUGAAAAUCUGGCUGAAUUAAUGAACAGUGGUAACGCCCCAAAUGUUACACUACAGAGAAACCAAAGUAUACCAGGUCCAAUGUCGCCAAGAUUCAAUCCCAAUGUGAUGCCCCAAAACCAAGGGAUGAAUCCCCAAAUGAUCGGACAAUCCACUCCAAACUCCCAAAUGUCGCCUCAUUUUAACCAGCAGUCACAGUGGAAUAUCCGUCAACAGGGAUUACAGAGUCCCAUGGGAAUGUCACAGGUCGAUCAAAUGACUACACAGAUGAACAUGCAGAGACAUCGGUCAUUAUCAGGAGGGACUAGCAACCCAUCACGGUUCCAGUUCCCUGAGGGACAGUUUAACAGUAAUAAUAGUAGCCAGAUGGGGAUGCUGCAACAGCAAUCUUUAUACUCUGGUAGAAUGAUGAGACAGAUGAGCAUGCCAGGUCGUGGCUCUCCGAGAACAUCGCAGAGUCCAUUUGGAAAUAGUCCAGACCCUAUGUUAAUGUCUCCUAACUCCAUAUCGCCUAACAACUCCUUACGACAGUCAACGAGUCAGAUCAGUCCAUCUUAUAACCAAACAUCUGGCGUGAUGUGUGUGCCAUCGUCAUCGGGAGGGAUGGGAGUCCCAUCGUCAUUAUCACCAGUGCAGAAUAUGAAUCAAGGAAUUAAUUCAGUAGCUUCAUCAAAUAAUGGAUUCGGUGAUUAUGAGAUGCAGCUUGAUAUAGAAAAUAAAAUGAGCAUGAACAAAUCAGACUUCGUCAAGCAGGAGUUACGGAAUAUAUGUACCGCACGAUCGGAAAAACAAAUGCAGCAGAUAAAUCAACAUCAUACAUCACAGUCCCUCUCCUUACAAUCACCCCAGCAACAACCUUUAACCUCACCUCAUUCUCAACAGAACCUAACCUCACCACAUCCUCAGCAACAACCAAUGACAUCACCCCAGUUACCACCAUAUUCCCAACACCAACAACAACAACAUCAACAGCAGCAGCAGCAACAGUCGGUGACGUUAGAUUAUGAUUCAGAAAUACCACUUGAUAUUUUAGACCAAAUAACUGAAAUGGCUAAAGACCAUGGUGUCAUGACUGGUACGGCUGGUGGUGGAUUAAAUUUGGAAGAUCUCAAAGAGGAAGAUGUCCUGAAGAGGAAAAGGGAGGAGGCGAAACAAGUUUAUGAAAAAUUCCAAGCUCUUGCUAAAGCCGAGGCCAGGAUGGAUCAAAAAGAGGAAUCAAAUGAUGUGAUACCAAGCACAAUAUUUAGGAAACAAUUAAUGACUCAAGUAAUGAACAGUCAGAAUCAGCCUUUAUUACAGAGGUCAACUAGUAUAGAUACCAAUCAGGUUCAAGUGGUUACUAAGGAACCAAGGACAAGUGUUGAUGACAUGAAACCGCCAGACCACAAAAAUAGUUUACUACAACAGUUACUGUCCGAAUGACGACAGCUUUAAUUUAGACGCCAUUUUAUAUUAAUAUAAGUGCCAUCUACAUUAUCAUAGCAUCAGACAGAUGUGUUGAUGUUAUACAAACAUUACAGGAAUAUUGACUGAUAAAAAUCAGCCUGUUUGUUAAUGUUAACAGCUGUUCUUGAUUUGACGUGUUAACAUUUCAUCAGUGUGUUAACAAGCGUCAGCAGAAAAUCUACUUCAAUGGAAAAUCAAUACAGAAAAAACAAUGAAUUCAACUAACUGUAUUUUUUUCCACUUAAUAUUGAUUAAGCAAAAGGAAGUGCUAUUUGAAAAAUAGGUCACAGAAACCUUAAUGUGGAGAAAAUAGGUUCAAGUGACCUAAAUUUGUGAUAUCAAUUUGUGAUGUGCACUCAUAAAUGACAGUUUAAGUGCACUUUACUGAAGAAAAAGACAUCUGAGAAAAUGAUGUCAAAGGUUUGUGAUUAGGCCAGUUAUUUUUUUGUAUGAAAUCUACCAUAUGGUUGCUUCUUGUAAAUUGUCCAAUACCAUAUUUGGUGGAUAAAAGGAUUUUUUAAAACAAUACUACAAAACAGUGAUAUUAUAACUUGUAGUGAAAAAUAUUUGUGUAUGUUUGUUAGAAUGUCUUUAUAUUCAACAAAAUUUGCAAAUAUUUUAGAAACCAGACUUUUCGUGUACAGAUCGAAAGAUGGAAGAAUUUUCAAUGCUGUAUAUGUUUUUAUUGGGUUGCACAAAGUGCCUACAAAGGAAUAACCCAGGGACAUUUUAUUAUUAGCGCUAGAUGACUAUUUUCGUAUUAGGAAAGUUUUGACCUAGAUUUUAACCCUAUAUUGCAUGUAUAGAGUAUAUAGACAGACUUUGUUUUUGUUACUCGUUUAAGUUUUAUGUUUAAGAAGAUGUUAAUAACUUAGAGUAGUGAUAAAUGGAGCAAAACGUUCUGGUGAUCUCAUUAUAGUUAAACUAUUUUACUGCUCAAAUUAUUUACGCAUGUUGAUUGCCUUUAAGUCGGAAAUGACGAUUUUUAAACCAUAGUUCUGGUCAUUAAAUAUCAGAUUCAGGGAUUUUUCAAUAAAAGGAUUGGAUUUGUAUUAAAAGAACACAUAUUUGUGAUGGUAUGAAUUUUUGUCAGCCGUUUGCCAGUAUAUCUGCACAUUAUAAUGUGACUAAAAAUAGGGCCGAUUUUGAACCUGGCAGCUUUUAUGGAGUAUGAAACUUAAUGAAGGUCAAAGUGCAUGAAACAGGGAAGGAAUUCAUUCGUUUCAUUUUGUGGGAAUAAAGCAGAAAGGAUUGAAGAAAUCAGAAAAGUUGAAUCAAAGAAAAUAAAAGUUCAGUGGAAGGAAGGAGGAUUUUGAUGGAUCAUGAUGUGUAAAUCAAAAUGGUUAUAAUGAUACAACGAAAAGCUGGAGACAAUAAAUUACAAACACGGGUAAUAUGUCAUAGUCCCAUAAUGGAAACUACAGUUGUGUAACCAUGGUUACGAUACAAAGUGAAAGUAUUUUGCUUCUUCACUUGACAUCAAUGUUGUGGACUAUAAAUUUGUAAAGGGCAUAAUGUAAAUGAUUUAAUAUGUAUAUGAUAGAGGUCAUGAAAUAUUCAGUCAAGGUCAUAGAAGUGAUACAAGGUCAAAAAGCAAAAUAUCUAAAUUAUCAAAAAGACAUAUGGAAUAAAACUUUUUAUGUUAUUUGAUUUUCCUUAUGUACAAAGUGAGGUAAUUCUGUUAUUGUUGACCUUGACUUCUGUGACGAUUUGUAUGGUCAUAUUAAUUCACAUUUGCACAUAUAUCAUCAAAUAUUGUACACAUAUUCAGUGAUUAAUUACAUGUAAAUGAAAUAUUUAUCAUGUGUUGUUAAUUUCUCUGUAUAUAUAAUGUACAUAAAUAUUAACUGUAUAUACACAAUAUACACAAAUAACUGUUAUCAUGUAAUAUGUAAAGUAUAUUUUUGUUGGAUUUAAUCAUCAAUAUGUUGUGCUAUAACAGGUCAGUAUAAAAACUUUGUCCAGUUUAGACAAAAAUUAGGUUAAAUUCAAUUUUCUCUCUUGUAAAGUUAUCCAAAAAGAAAAUUCAAAUUCUUGUGUCAGAUUACUGUUUAUUAAACAAAACAUAGUGCUUUUAUGGUCUUUUAAAAUAUAAUAAAAAAAGUUUUCCUGGACAAUUUUUUUAUAUCUGACAGUCUCAUUGUAAAUAUCAAUUUUGGAGCCAUUCCACUAAAAUGGAGACAAAACUAUUGAAAAUAAGGCCAUUCACCAUUAAAGUUUUAGGUCCUCUCAUUCUAUUCCUUUUUUUUUAAUCAAUUUCUUCGAGUACUCAGUUCGACUGCAAGUGUUUUACAGUAUGAAUAUUAGUUCUUCUUGCUAGAAGUCACCAUAUAUAUUUUCAUAGAGAACAGAAAAGAAAGUGUUCAGCAAAAAUUAGAAUAUUUUCAAGGAUUAAAAUCUAAAAUUUGAUUUCCUUCAUCUAAUUGAUGCGCAUACAUGUAACUUACAUGUUCUGUCCUUGAAAAAUUACCUCUUCAUUGAAAAUAACCUGUUUUAACAGAAUCCUUUUUAAUGUUGGCUGUAAGGUUAAUUUAAAAUUAUUAAAGCAAUACAAAUAGGCUUAAUUAAGUAUAGUUGACUGAUGAACAUGUCACUUUUUUUGCAACCUUGUUGUUAGCUGUUUCUUUAACCUGUAACACUUUCAAGCAAGUGCUUUCUCUAAGCCAUUGCGAUUUUUUUGGGUAAAGAUUGCAUUCAUGUAAUCAAAACCCUUAUGGGACUGGUUUGGUAGUUAUAUUUUCCAGACCUCAUCGCUACUUGUAAGGGAACAAAAAACAUAGUGCAUUGAGGUGAGCAUUCUUUACAUUUUAUCCAUGUACAUUUCGAUUUAAUUUAUCAAUGAAAUAUAUACUUAGAUAUCCAAGUAACAAAAUAAUGUGUAUUAGUAUAACCAUACUUGUCAUGAAAACUUAUUUAUUGAAAAUUUCCAUAAGGGAUUUUAUCUGAUCUAAAAAUAGUCAUUACAGGUAAUAAUAACAGUGGAGUUAUCUUCCUUUGCUCAUAAUUGAGUUGAACAAACUGUAUAUAUAGACAAAUAAGAUAUACCCACUUCAAAAUAUUGCCUUCUUUUGUUAAUACACUGCAAUUUUAGUUCACACUGCAAAAUGAAUGCAAUCUUUACCUACAGUGCUCACAAGCACUUUGAUUUCUAAACAAAUGUGAUUAUUGUUAACACGGGUAAGCCAUUUAAAAAAAUAAAUGCUCAAUUUUUUUCUCUUAAACCCUUUAACCUUUAACCUUUAAUAUGGAGGUGAUAGAAGUGAAAAUACCGAUUUCUGUGUGCAUAAUACCAUGAUGAGGUCAUCUUGAGACAAAUAGUUUCAGAAGCCAAAUAACAUUGUUGCAGCCAUUUUCUAAAGUUAAAAAAAAGAAAUGAAAUGUUCUAAAAAAGAUUGAAACCAAUGUGAACAAUGCAGAAAAUGUCUUAAGAGAUCUUCUAUAGAAUUUAAAGGCAAGCUGUAAAAUGUGAACAAUUCUCCGUUUCAUAAUUUAAAAGAUUAUGGGUAAUUUUCACCUAGAUAAGAAUAACAUCACAUCACUGGUUGAGUUUUGGUAUACCCUUUAACAAAUAAUACCCAGAAUGCAUUAGAUUCUGAAAUGGCGAACUGAUGCCUCAUUGUGGUGUCUGGAAAGCGAUAUAAAGUGCUAUCUUCUGUUAAGUUUAUUGUUAAUGAAAGUUUUAUUAUUGUUUUUUCUGUCAAUUGUACUAAAUCUCAUAAUAAAUUCUAAUGUCUGAAAAAGAGAUCUUUUAAAACGCACACUUAAGGUGUGAAAGAGUAGUAAUUGAUGAAUUAAACCAAGAUAAAAAGAUGAAGAUAUCUUGAACACAAAUGAUAAAGAAGGUUUAGUGUAAUGCCUAUUAUCAUUUGAAUAAAUUCUUGUAAUUAGUUUAACAAAUUGUGUAACAAUUUUUAAUAUUUUGUUGAUAUUAAGUAAAAAUAUUGGUUAAGGAGUUAUAACAGAUUAAAAAUGGAGUUAUCUACCUUACUUGAUGAAUACAAGGUUGUAAUGGUUGAUUAUUGUAACUUUUUAUUGCCUUUUUAUGAUAUACAGUGGUCCUCAAAUGAAAUCACAAUCCCUAUGAAUGUCCUCAAUCUGGUUACCAUCCCCUACAAGCAUUCUCAAUCUGGUUUAUGAAACCAGUAAUCCUUAUUUUUAUUAGAGUUUUGAUUAUGUCCCCUGAUUAUUUUUUUUUAGUUCAUAAAUGAAAUUUAAUUCAAUAAUUGUUUAUUACUUAAGAAAAUGAAAUUUUGCUUAAAUUUUUGGGAAACUUGACUUCAAAUAUAUACAUCAGGGAACGUUAAUUUUAAUUCAUAAUUUGUUCUACUCUUGCAAUAAGUCUGUUACAGACUUGUGUUCUUUUUAUGAAAAAAAAAUGAUUUUAAUGAAAUUUAUGACUGUUUUCUGUGAUAUCUCUAUUUCCAAUAGAACUAAAACAUUUUCCUUAAAUUGAUACAGAUUGACUUGGCAUAAUUUCAUUGUGAAUUAUAAAUAAUAUUUUGCAUAUGAAAUUACUUUUGUGGCACUGUGUUUUUAGCUAAGUCAUUAGAAAUGCAUGGAAGUAAAUUAAAUUCCCCAAGAGUUUUAGCUACAAAGCUGUGUUUUUACCAUUUUUAUGAACAGAAAUGUAAAUAUAUUUUUACAAUUUAAAAUUGGUCUAAACUGUGGUUCACUGUAAUAAACAUAAUAAAUUUCUGCAUUUUAAUUCCAAACGUAAUAAAUUUAAUCUGGAAUAUUUUUUUUAAUUUUUAAAUACAUUGUAGCUAAAUAAUUGUAUUAUUGAUAUGAAAUUUAAAUAGCAAAAGCCUUUUAGAUAAACAAAUGUUUCUGUUACUCAACAUUUUAAUUGUUUUAACAUAUGAGCCAAUCUUGCACUAGACUGGUUUUCUAAUGGACUGGUUCCCUAACAAUUUGAUUUUAUUGUGGACUAUUUCCUAAGGAUAGGUCUUUUCAUUUGUGUUAUUAUUUUGUUAUUUACAAAUAACUUUGUACAGAAUGAUGCUAUUUCUUUGUUAAACAUGUUAACCUUGACAUUAACAAUAUGUUAAUGUGAUGACCUUGACAUUUGUUAAUGUGGUAACCUUGACAUUAUUAUCUGUUGGUUUAUUUGUUUUCAUCAUUGGUAAGACUGUGUUAAUACAGUUAUAAUCAUCCUCCUAGUUAAUGGAUUCAGGAAAAAAUAACAUUAAAAUCAACUUGAUAAUAUA